CGGAAAGCCAUUCAAUAUUCGUCCCAUUAGUUCAAGCACUUGUGUCCGACUCUUUAGAAUUGGAACCUCAGAUGGCUGAAGAGACGCUCGACAACGGUCGAGCUGUGCCGAAGCGAUUCACUACCGGGCCCACCGUGCCAUGCCCCUUUUCCACUGUCACAGCUGCGAUACGACAAGCUGCCAGCAGCUACCCGGACUCGGUUGCUGCCAUUGACCUCUCCCAGGCCGUCCGACGAGAGAUUUCGUACGUUCAGCUGGAGGUCCGGGCUCGACGGCUGGCUCAACGCCUCCGGAGGGCUGGUGUUGGCCCGGGAGACCGGCUGCCGCUGGUGGUGAGGCGCGGCAUUGAGAUGCUCGUCGGCAUCUUAGCUAUCCUGCUGUGCGGCGCCCAGUAUGUGCCGCUGGAUGGUGGAAUCGUCACUGAGGCCACAAUGCAGACCGUCAUCUCGCAGUCGGGCGGCCGUGUGGUUGUCUGUACAGCAUCCACGAGGAGCCGUUGGCAGCAGACAGAUUCCGAAAUUGUUCGAGACUGCCGCUAUCUGUGUGUUGAAGAUGGCGCCGAUGAUGCAGAGGAGGCGGUCGAUGCCAUCGAUCUCGCUACGCCUGGGAGUGGCUGCUAUGUGAUAUAUACGUCAGGGACGACAGGAACACCUAAGGGUGUUGAUGUUACACAUGCCAACGUCACGAACUUGGUGUGUUCGUCACCAGGCGACCUGGGGAUUCGGCCAGGGAUCAGGGUGGGCCAAGUCCUGAACAUCAGUUUUGACAUGGCUGCCUGGGAGAUUUUCGCCUGUCUCUGCAAUGGAGGAACUCUCGUGCUGCGUGGCUCAGAUUGGGCACCAACGCUGAAAGAGAUCGACGUUCUGAUAUGCACCCCCUCGAUUCUGUCUCGCCAUUCACCGGAGGAGUUCCCCAAUAUCAAGGUUGUUGCGACUGCGGGAGAGCCAAGUAAUCAGCUCCUUGCUGAUAAGUGGGCAAAACACGGCGCCUAUUACAACUGCUGCGGGCCCACCGAGACCACAAUCGUCAACACCAUGCUCCGGCACCGGCCGGGGGAACCACUGACGAUCGGUAAACCCACGCCAAACAACUCGGUAUAUAUACUCGACGACGAUCUACGGCCGGUUGUUGUAGGCCAGGUCGGUACGUUGUGGGCCGGUGGUCGAGGAGUCUCCCGGGGCUACGUCGGUUUGCCGGAUAUGACGGCUGCAAAGUUCCGCCAGGAUCCGUUUGCCGGCGACGGGUCGAUGAUGUAUAAUUCGGGGGAUCUCGGUCGGUGGCUUGCCUCCGGGGAGAUUGAGGUUUUGGGCAGGAGGGACGACCAGGUCAAAGUUAAGGGGUUCCGAGUUGAACUAGAUGGUGUCGCACAUGUCAUGGCGGCGGCACCGAGCGUUCAGAAUGCGUACGCGGUGCUCGUCGACGGAGAGAUUCACGGCUUCCUUCACCCAGAAAACUGCGACACACAGCAGGUGAUGCAACAAGUCGAGAAAGUUCUCCCAUACUACUCCCGCCCAGUGCACCUACACACCAUCGCCUGCAUUCCCCUCACCCAGAACGGAAAAGUCGACAAGGCCGCGCUACGGGCCAUUGCCGUCGGACGGAAUAGUCCCAGAGAAACUACCGGCUCAUACACCGAAUCCGCACCCACUCACCCCGACUUAGAGCUGGGAAUUGUCGACUCCAAGGAGAAGGGCUCCAUCGGUACGUCCAGCGGGGGAUCUAGCUCGAUUCUGGACCUCAGCCGUCCAAUCGCGCAGAUGGGCAUCAACCUCGAAGGCGACCUUCCGGACAAGGACAGGCAGAAGUUCUUCAGGAACCUUGUGCAUCGAGUGUUCAUUCCGUACCGUUUCCUGCUGAUGCUGGUGUACCUGGGCAACUUUGGAGCCUUGGCUUCCAUGUAUGUCAACGGCAUCAACCGCGCCUGGAUUGGGUAUAUGAUCGCCAUUGACCUUCUCCUCGCGGUGCUCAUCCGCCAGGACAUGAUCAUCAACGCGCUGUACACGAUCUUCUGCUCAAUCCCUACAUGGUGGCCCCUUUGGAUCCGGGCAUCUUGCGCCAAAAUAUACCACCUCGGCGGCGUCCAUGCUGGCGCGGCCACCUGGUCCAGCUUGUGGCUUUUGGCGGCGAACAUCAGUGAUGUGUACUGCUUCUCCAGCCGCUCGUGCGGCAGCAGCUAUCCGUACCACUCGACGGCCUUCCAGGUCGUUUCGUGGAUGUUGACCGUCCUCUUCGCCAUCAUGCUCGCUUUCGCUCUGCCGCAAUUCCGGACCAAUCAUCACGACUUCUUCGAGCGCUCGCACCGCUUUAUUGGCUGGACCAUGCUCGGUCUGUUCUGGGUGCAGAACUUCCUUGGCGUCGCCGACGCGGCCACGUCCACAUCGUCGUCAUACGCAUCAGGGAUGGUGUCAGCGCCAGGCUUCUGGAUCUUGGUCGUCGCCACCCUCAGCAUCGCGAGCUCCUGGUUUUGGUUGCGCAAAGUGCGAGUCGCUUCCGAGGUGCUCUCCAACCACGCCAUCCGGCUGCACUUCGACUACACGGUCCCGGUCAACGGCACCUUCACACGCCUGUCGUUCCGGCCGCUGCUGGAGUGGCACUCGUUCGCGACGGUGCCGGCGCCCGAAUCGCAGCGUGGCUACCCGGCCGGCUACUCGCUGGUGGUGUCCAACGCGGGCGACUGGACGCGCGCGUGCAUCCAAAAGGCCCCGACACACGUGUGGGUGCGCGGCCUGCCGACGUGCGGCGUCAUGCGCAUCGCCACUCUCUUCAACCGCAUCGUCAUCGUCGCGACCGGCUCCGGAAUAGGGCCCCUGCUGGGCCACAUCCAGCAGCCGACCUGCGCCACCGCGUGCCUCUGGAGCACCAAGGACCCCGUCAAGACAUACGGCAGCGACGUGGUGGACCUGGUAAAGAGGCAGAUACCUGGAGCUGUCAUAUGGGAUACCACUGCGCAGGGAAGACCGGACAUGGUGAAGCUGAGUUAUAAUAUGGCCCGUAGUUUUCGAGCUGAGGCCGUGAUUAUUAUUGCGAACCGGAAGAUUACAACCAAGGUUUGUUAUGGGCUUGAAACACGAGGCGUGCAUGCCUACGGCGCGAUUUGGGAUAGUUAAAGGGGCCUCUAGGUGGAAAAUGGGUUUGAGGCGCGGUAGAUUACCCUAAUCAACCACCCCUUUUCCUCACGAAUUUGUG